GCGAGCUCAUUAGCGCCCAAUCAGUCCGUGAAGAGGCCCCGCCGGCUCCUCAUGAAAGAACUCCGUCGUAACUCGGGGUGCAAUCCGUAACCCGGACCGACCAUCCCCUCCACAUGCGCUGACACGUCUCCAGACAUUACACACAUCCCGGCGGCUGGCGGACGGAUCGCUCCCUCGGCGAGCUUUCUGACACAUAGCGAGAACAUCGAAGAGAGGGGGAGAGAGAGAGAGAGAGAGAGAGAGAGAGAGAGAGAGACACGCGCGCGCGCGGGGAGGGAAGAUGUUGCUGAAGGAGUACAGGAUAUGCAUGCCCCUCACGGUGGAGGAGUAUCGGAUUGGGCAGCUGUACAUGAUCAGUAAACACAGCCACGAGCAGAGUGAUCGAGGGGAAGGAGUGGAGGUUGUCCAGAACGAACCAUUUGACGACCCGGCGCACGGCCAAGGACAGUUCACAGAGAAAAGGGUCUACCUCAACAGUAAAUUACCCACCUGGGCUCAGGCGGUGGUUCCCAAAAUCUUCUACGUGACAGAGAAAGCGUGGAACUACUACCCUUACACCAAAACAGAAUAUACAUGCUCAUUCUUGCCCAAGUUCUCCAUCCACAUAGAGACAAAAUACGAGGACAACAAAGGAAGCAACGACAAUAUCUUUGACAACGAGCUGAAGGAGCAGGAGAGGGAGGUGUGCUUCGUCGACAUCGCCUACGAUGAGAUCCCCGAGCGCUACUACAAAGAGUCUGAGGACCUGCGCUAUUUCAAGUCUGAUAAGACUUCCCGGGGGAUUCUUCAGGAGGGCUGGAGAGACACCCAGGACCCCAUCAUGUGCUCAUACAAACUGGUCACUGUCAAGUUUGAGGUGUGGGGUUUGCAGACCCGUGUGGAGCAGUUUGUACACAAGGUGGUUCGCGAUGUGUUGCUGCUGGGACACAGACAGGCCUUUGCUUGGGUGGAUGAGUGGAUCGACAUGACAAUGGAUGAGGUGAGAGAGUUUGAGCGCACCAUCCAGGAGGCCACCAACCAGAAGAUAGGGAUUUUUCCUCCGUCAAUCUCCAUCAGCGAGACGCCCCUGUCCUCCUGUUCCCUCACCGGUCCUGCCAGCGCCCCCACCACCCCGAUGUGCACUGAUGCGCCGGAGUCCCUCUCGGUCUCAAAGGACCGACCCCGCAAAAAGUCUGCUCCGGAAGCCCUCACCCUGCCUGACCCUGCCACAAGUGGCGAUCCGCAAGGCUCUGCCACGAGCCCGGUGCCUAUUUCAAACCACCUCCAAUCAUCUACCCCGCCCGCCUCCAACGAGGACAUUGCUGAGAAGCAGUAGAGGGACCUUGGGAUGACCUCCUUUACCCAAUGCUUUACUUAUUUCCCAAGCCCCAUUGUCUUCGUAGCCCAACAAGACUAGCAUAACCUCACAAACACAAGUGGCCAGACAUUAAAGUUAUCCAGCCAUAUCUAAUGAUUUGCCGUACACCUGAACACACUCACAGUUGACGUCCAUAUCGGGGUCACUGAUGCCUUGCAGGCAGCUGUGGGCCCGGCUCCUCGUCUAGCGAGCCACACAUCUAUUUUAACAACUAUUACGUGACAUCAAAUCGAAACAAAGUGCAUCUUUAGUCAUUACUUGUUAAGCCCCGUGAAUGAAUUAUUUUUAGCGUUUCCUUUUUACGUUUUCUAGAAUCAGACAAGCCGAUUGCUUUCAGGUUGUUGAAAUAAGUAGUUGCCUUAGCGCCAUGGAGCCCGUGGUGUUCAUACGUUUCGACAAUGUUUGCGAAUGAAUGCCUGACAUUUAUUAAAUUACAAAUCAAUGACACAAACAGAAGCAGCACAGUAGAACUAAUAUGUGAGCGUAAAACACACCAGAUUCCCUUAGUAAGCAGUUUCCUGAAUAGGCCUGUGGAUCAGAUUGCACUCAUCUUUUCAAUCCCAAACUCCAAUUAUACAACAGAUGCAAGAUCAGUACAAUCAGAGUUUACACCUCAGGUCUCCCAGACUCUGGCUGGCCCCCACUCUAAAGGCAGGGAUAUUACUAGAACUUUCUCUCUCUGCUUAUUGCCAAACAGCCACAUUUUAUACCUCUACAGAUGUUACAAAACAGCAACUAUUGUAUGUACUGUAGCAGUCUACUUAACCCUUGGAAUGUUUACAAAUCAGAAACCUUGGAUCAUUUGCAUAAUGGCAGUUGUGUUGUACUUUAAGCUGUUGUAUCUGCAUCUAGCAUGGCAAUGACGAUGACGGUUUAUUGAUUCUAAAGUAGAAUUAGUUGGAAGUGUAUUAUUGCAUACAGUAGGUCUUACCCAAGUGGACUGAGAGGUCAGUACAACAACAACUCCGAAGGAAAGUGUUGCCUGAAACCUUUUUAAAGCUGGACAAUUUGAUCAAAAUUAGAAAAUCCAAUUAUUGUCACAGGUAGGAACAAGGCCUGUGGGUAUUGGGCCAUUUUCUGAUUUUCAUGCACAUGGAGAUAAUGACAACCCAAAGCAUGAUGUCAGGAGAGGAGCACAUGAAUCAAGCUGACUUGAGAAUGUGCUUUGUCGGCUGUAGAGCAUUUGCUGAACUGCUGUUACCUUUUGACUUUGCCAGUGCUGGUUGGUUAUACUGAGCUCUGUCUUUUGUGGGCGUGUCAACAGCAACUUCUACUUAGAGCCCCCUUUCCCCCCCACAAUGCCAUCACUUAAUGGGUUUUAUAUGCUGCAUGGGAUGUUCACAACAUGUAUACACAUUAUGUGAAGUGUAUAUACAGUAUGUGUAUAUACUGUAAGCGAAUGGAUUGAUACAGUAUAUUUGGUGAUGCAACUGUGUGGAGGCGAGUGAAAAUCAACUUUGACAGCUGUAUACUGAUUUUGUACAAAUAUAAAAGGCAGUUUUUGAGUGAAACGUUGGCAUGCCCAGAGAAUAUAGGCCUAAAAUCUCUAACUCUGUGCCUCAGCAUGCAAAUAUUUGAUCAUCUCCUACAAGUGAUUAAACCAAAAUACUCUUAUAUACAGAAAAAACAUUUCAUUGCUUUGCUUUGCAUGUUUUCAAUCUCAAAUGUUUCAUUCAACCAAUUAUUAAAAAAUAGCAUUAGCUUCAUUCAUUAGCUUAACCAGAGGAUAUUCAAAUCAAACUAUCAGGGUUAAUGUUUGCUGUUUUUGCAGUCUCUUACAUUACAACUUGUUUUCCUGUGCAUACCAAGUUACAUCUUAUCAUUCAGUGGCAAUGCAUUAGUACCUUAUUUGACAGUGAAGAAAUGUGUUGGACAAGAGUAUUGUUGGGUUUGUUGGACCAUCCUCUUAUACAGUAUAUUGACUUUGAAGAGAUCUACUCCAGAAGAAAGUCCUUAAUGGUCUUGCCAUGAAAAAUGUUAAUAUGUACAGAUUCUCAAUUUGUUUUGUUAAAAAAGAAAAGAAAAAAAAAGCUAUUAAGCUGUAGCUUCGGUCUUGCUUUUUGAGGAUAAAAACCAUACAUGCCAGUUAUCCGCCCUCCUAUAUUGAAUUAUGUAAUGAUCAUACAUCUCUGGCAUUGACCGUCUCUCUUGUUCAGGACAGAUAUCCAGGGGCAUGUAUGAUCUAUGACUAUUAACAAUGCACAUAAUAUCUUGUGUAACAAUAAGCUCUGUUUAAAAGAGUAACAUUGGGUAUUGUAAAUACUAUUAAUGACUGAUAUGGUUUCUUACCCUGAAACUUUCACCAUUGCUGGUGUGAAAAUGUGCUCAAAGAGUUCAAAUAGAGAAGGAUGGUCUUAAGUGUCCGUAGGGAUGACGUCUAUUCGCAGACAUAAGUUAUUAGACAUAAAAGUUUGUUUAAAUCUAUGAAGUCAUCUAUUAAUACUGAAUAUCACCUAGUUCAUUCUUCAGAGUAUCAGGAAUCCUCAGUAGUGCACUUUUAAUUGUCCAGUUGCUUUUUGGUGGCGAAAUGAUUUGUACACGUAAAACUGAAUGAAGCUUUUCUUUUGGUGGGGUAGCUGCUUUCUCAUUACUUGCCAUGCUAAUUAAGAGUUUUUUAAGUAAACCUGCUGUACUUUAAAUCUGUGGUUGCUGUAUUGUUUUAAGGAAAAUCUUUCUUUAGAUUAUAGGACCAAGCUUUUUGCUCCCUCCUCCCUGCCUCUGUUGCAGUUUUUGCCUGAUAACUGGGGCUUGUCCAACCAACAGGUGUGAAUGAGUCCGCUGUACUGAACUGCUGGGACUGAAACCAGUAACAGUGUAUUUCACUCGGUGUUGUAGAUCAGGUGGCGUUUUUCUUUUGCAGCUUUCUACUUUAAUCCUAAACUGGUCCUAAAUGCGCCAUUUCUGUUUGGGAAGUCACUCUUAGUUCUUCCACUGUAUCUAUUAAUGUGUUUGUUUUAUUUUUACUUCCAUUUGAGUUUGAUUUUGUUCUUUAUUGUAAUUGUUUACUUUCUCAGAAACAGAAAAAUAAACUUUACUAGCUAUUGCA